AGGAAGACACACAACACUCCCAAACACACACACACACACACACAGCUCUGGGUUUUACUGCAGUGUUUAAACCUCUAACGUGAGAGAAGUUUCAGAAAGUUUCCCUGAUUUACUCGGAGGACAUGCAGACCUCACCCUGACCGAGGAGGAAAGGUUCCGGCUCACAUGUUUACCAAACCUGUGACACUCCACAUCUGGAACCUUUUCAUUUAUCAAUCCGUUUUAAAACCCAGUUUUCGGAAAAUGUCACUGCAGAUCCCGUCACUCUGGGCUUUUUGCUUCAUUCUGAUGUUGGCACAGGGGUGUGAUGGCAGCUGUGCCGAGGUGGACUCCAUGACGGAGGCGGUGGCUGGACAGGACUUCCUGUUGGGCUGCAUCUCCUGUAAGAGAAGGGAGGAAGUGGUCGGCACUGCGACUGUGGACUGGCACUUUAAACCCCUCGGAGGAGACGAGUCCUUCCACAUCUUCCGUUAUGAUUACCCGACCUCCACCAUCCUGCACAAGGACUUCGAGUCUCGGCUCAAGUGGAGCGGAACUAAAGGAACGUCGGAUCUCCAGAUCGGAGCCAUUACCAUCCAGAACGUCACCUUUAACGACACCGGCACCUACACCUGCACGUUCGAGCGCACGCUCUCUCUCCCGCUUCACGACGAACACGUGACCAUCAAGAAAACAGUGGAGCUCACCGUCCUGGCUGAAGCUAAUCGUGAGCUGACGGCGGUGAUUUCAGAGAUCAUGAUGUACGUCAUCAUUGUGUUUCUGCAGCUGUGGCUGAUCGGGGUGCUGAUUUACUGCUACAAGAAAAUUUACGCCGAGAACGAAGCUCGCGAGGCCAGAAAAGCUCUGCGCUCCAAAAAACAGCUAAUUGACUCGAAGGACACGUGUGAUGGAGUCCAUCUAGAGUAGCCUGCACUGUGUGAUGAAUCCUGGACACUUUGCUGCUCACAAGAAGAAAUAUCUUUAAAGUCUUAAAUGUUAAUAAAUUCACUGAUAACGGAAUCAUGGGUCAUUCACUGAUGAUGGUUUAUUGGUUAAUCUACCUGCUUUACUACUAGUUUGUACAUUAGCAUGUUUACUGGGAUGCUAGUUUGUCAGUAGGCAUAUUUACUUUCUUAUUAACGUUAGUUUACUUAGUCUGUUUACUUUAUUGCUAGUUUGUACAUUAGCCUUUUCUUAUGCUAGUUAUUUAAAUCAGCCUAACACUAGUUUUCAGUUUUGUUUACUUAUUAGCAUGUGUGUUUAUGUUAGCAUACUUACUGUUAGUUAGUUAGUUAGUCUGUUUAGAGCUGUGCUAAUCAGUAUGUAGGCAUAAUUAUUUUAGUGCACUUUAAAGGGAACCUACAGAGUGUACGUCUGAUGAGUUUCCCUCAGGACGACUGGACAGGAACGUUGGCUGUGUUCUGUGAUAAAGCAAGAGAAAGUCCAGUGUUCAUUUGUGUAAUUAUUGUCUGCUUUUCUUCACCAACAACAUAGCCCACGUUUUUCGCCUCAUCUGUGAAGAAGUGAAUAAAUAAAUCAGAUAAGAAACACUGGAGAUAUGUUAGAAAUGCUAACACGCUAACACUUAUCUGGCAGACACAAACCCACACUUUCAUUUCUAGCAUGUUGUCAGGUUUAAUGUUUUCUUCAUACUUUUUUUUUUUUUUUCAUUUGAUUGAGAAUGAGUAAAUAACCAAAUAAAAUAAAUAUGAAUGUGUUUUAUGAUCCUAACAUCUAACAGCAGUCUUUAAUAUUAAAAAAUAGGCUGUAAUGUAGAUAUUUUAGAUCUUCUUAAUGAUCAUCAGAAGGAAUUGAACUUUUGCAAAAAGCAAAGAUGAAAUAAAGUUCAUUCUGCAUAUCAAAAGUGUCCUAUAAAAUAAAGCCAUGAAAUAAAUUCACUGUAAAUUUUG